UUAAAACGGAUAACAGCCCACUUUGGUUAUAACACAUUAUACAAAAAUCAUCGUUGGCACACCCUCUAAGCCUAUGAAAUUGACAAAAGCCAUGAAGAAGCUCAAGUUCUGGUCAAAAAAGAAGAAGAAAAAGAGAGUUCCUCUCCUUGACCGACCACCAUCCCCGCCACCACCGCUCCUCCCUUGCUAUUACCACUGCCCUUACAAUUACCCAGUUCAGCCGUCAGCACCACCUUUGCCACCUUGGUUCGAGUACGUGCAGCCAUAUGAUGACUCAAUUUUCACAACAGAGCAAGGUUCAGGUUCAGGUUCAACAGCAGACAGUUCAAGACAAACUCAUGGUAGUACUAACUCUCAGCACAUUGAUAAUGUUGGUGAAAUCAAUCAACCAAAACCAACACCAUCGGAUAAUACUUUGCCUCAACAGUAUAUGGUUCAGAAUCAAGUGUACGGCGUACCUGUAAUCGCAGAAGCUAGAACAGAGAGAGGUGCUGGAGCUUUUGGAUGUGUGAUCAAUUUUGGAGCUCAUUUGUUCCGUUGCUUCUUUCCUUGCUUCCAUAUUCGAGAACUGAAGUAAGCUGUCAUUGUUUAUGCCUCUAUCUGGAAACUCUCAGUAUUCUUGGUAACAUACUUUAUAUAUUUAUAGCAAGUAAUAAAACAGUUGUAUAAAUAUAUGGAUGGUAAGGUUGUUUUCUUAUUUAUGAAGGUGAAUAUUGUCAUGUCU